CGCGAGAGACACAAUUGCGUCAUCAGUCGGCGACGAAUUAUUAACUGCAUAUGGCGCCAUCCUGCGAGAAGGCGUGUGCUCUGCGGGAUCGUAUUUUCCUCUGAAACGGGCUUUUACUUUCUGAAUUGUCAGCACAGUAUCUUUUUAAAAAAGUGUAGCUCACGAGGAUUCUCUAUGGACCUUAACAGUGCUAAUAACCUUGUACUACAAGCUCUGAGCCAUGCAACCAGCCAGGAUACCGCUGUACUGAAACCAGCAGAAGAACAGCUUAAACAGUGGGAAACACAGCCUGGGUUCUAUUCUGUGUUAUUGAAUAUCUUCACAAAUCAUUUACUUGAUGUAAAUGUUCGAUGGUUAGCUGUUUUAUACUUCAAAAAUGGAAUUGACCGUUACUGGAGACGAAUAGCACCAAAUGCUAUUUCGGAGGAGGAAAAGAACUCACUUCGUGCAGGACUUAUUACUAACUUCAAUGAACCAGUAAAUCAGAUUGCAACACAGAUUGCUGUUCUCAUAGCAAAAGUUGCAAGACUGGACUGUCCUAGGCAAUGGCCUGAGCUUAUUCCUGUUCUUAUUGAAUCAGUGAAGGUCCAAGAUGAUCUCCAGCAGCAUAGAGCUCUCCUAACUUUCUACCAUGUGACCAAAACACUUUCCUCAAAGCGUUUAUCAGCAGACAAGAAAUUGUUUCAGGAUCUCACAUCAGGCAUUUAUAGCUUUACAUGCUCUCUGUGGAAUCAUCACACUAAUACUUUUCUACAACUUGUCUAUACUGGAGAUACUGUUGCAGCAAUGAAUUCUCUGGAAAGAACAAAUCUAUCAUUAAAAGUGUUAAGAAAACUUACAGUACAUGGGUUUAUAGAACCCCAGCAAAAUGUGGAGGUAAUGGAAUUUCUCAGUGCAAUAUUUGGAAGGCUGAAACAAUUUUUGGAAUGCUGCACACACGUUAUUCCAGAACACAACUGCAGAGAAAAGCUGGAGAAAACCAUCAUAUUAUAUACAAAAAUUUUAUUGGAUUUGUUGGAUUAUCAUCCAGUAUCUUUCAUACCAUUAAUUCAAAGAUCCCUUGAAUUUGCUGUCAGCUAUGUUUUCACGGAAGCUGGAAAGGGAAUACUGUUUGAAAGAUUCAUUGUCCAGUGUAUGAACCUUAUAAAAAUGAUUGUCAAAGCCGACUCUUACAAGCCUGCAAAGAAUAUUGAAGAUAGCAACUCAGAAACUCUUGAGGCUCAUAAAAUAAAAACAUCAUUCUUCACUUAUCCUACCCUAACUGAAAUAUGUAGAAGACUGGUUUCACACUAUUUCUUGUUAACUGGAGAAGAACUUGCUAUGUGGGAUGAGGAUCCUGAAAGUUUUGCUGUGGAAGAAGCAGGCGGAGAUUCUUGGAAAUACAGUUUACGGCCAUGUACUGAAGUUCUUUUCUUGGAUAUUUUCCAUAGCUACAGUCAAACACUGACUCCAGUCCUUCUGGAUAUGGUACACAGCCUGCAUCAGCCAAUGAUAGCAGAGGAUAUGAACCAGCUGCUCAUUAAGGAUGCUGUGUACAAUGCCAUAGGACUUGCUGCUUAUGAGUUGUUUGAUUGUGUGGAGUUUGACCAGUGGUUUAAGGAGCAACUUUUGGGCGAACUUCAGAUUAAGCAUAAUAGAUAUAAACUUAUAAGACGUAGGGUGAUCUGGCUUAUUGGACAAUGGAUUUCAGUGAAGUUUAAAUCUGAGUUGCGUCCCUUGUUAUAUGAGGCCAUUCUGAACCUGAUGCAGGACUCAGAUCUAGUGGUGCGCAUUGAAACAGCUACAACCCUGAAGCUUGCAGUAGAUGAUUUUGAAUUUAGAACAGAACAGUUUUUACCAUAUCUGGAGUCCAUAUUUAGCCUUCUCUUCCAGUUGCUUCAGCAAGUGACAGAAUGUGACACAAAAAUGCAUAUCCUCCAUGUUAUUUCCUGUGUAGUAGAAAGAGUUAAUACACAGAUUAAACCUUAUGUUGGAUGUCUGGUUCAGUACCUUCCUCUCCUUUGGAAACAGUCAGAAGACCACAAUAUGCUUCGAUGUGCAAUCCUUACUACAUUGAUUCACCUCGUGAAGGGUUUGGGAGCAGAAAGCAAGAACCUGUAUCCAUUCCUUUUACCUGUUAUUCAGCUGAGUACAGAUGUUAAUCAGCCCCCACAUGUGUACCUGCUAGAAGAUGGUCUUGAAUUAUGGUUGGCAACAUUAGAAAACAGCCCUUCCGUUACACCUGAACUGCUAAGAAUUUUCCAGAAUAUGUCGGCACUCCUGGAGCUCAGUUCUGAAAACCUUAGGACCUGCUUCCAGAUUGUGAAUGCCUAUGUUUUUUUGUCAGCAACUGAAUUUUUACAGAACUAUGCUGUUUCUUUAUGCCAGUCAUUUUGUGAUUUACUGAAGGAUAUCACUACAGAGGGUCAAGUCCAAGUUCUUAAGGUUGUUGAAGUAGUUAUCAAAGUUAAUCCAAUGCUUGGUCCCCAUGUGUUCCAGCCAAUUUUACCUUCUGUAUUUCGAGGCGUCAUAGAUGGAGAGAGGUACCCUGUAGUAAUGUCAACAUAUCUUGGAGUAAUAGGAAGAAUUCUGCUGCAAAAUCCAAGUUAUUUUUCCUCACUUCUGUCUGAAAUGGCAGUUGAGUGUCAUCAAGAGAUUGAUCAUCUGUUGGGCAGUUUAAUAGAAAUGUGGGUUGACAGAAUGGAUAACAUUACCCAACCAGAAAGAAGAAAACUUUCAGCCCUUUCACUGCUCUCCCUGCUUCCUUCAAAUAAUAAUGUAAUUAUGGAUAAGUUCUGUGGAAUUAUUAACAUUUGUGUGGAGGCUCUACAUGAUGUGAUGACUGAAGACCCUGAUUCAGGCACUUAUAAAGACUGCAUGUUAAUAACUCACUUUGAAGAGCCAAAGCUAAUAGAUGAUGAGGAACCUCCUAGUGAACAAGAUAUCCGGAAAAAAAUGCUUGCACUUAAGGACCCAGUGCAUAGUGUUUCAUUACAGCAGUUUGCUUAUGAGAAACUUAAAGCUCAGAAACAACUGAUUGGAGACCAGAACUUUCAGCCCCUAAUGGAGACAGUGGACACAGAAAUCGUCAACCAGUUACAAGAAUUCCUACAAGGACUUUAAUGAAAGAAAGUGGACCUAAACCACUUUAUCAGCUGAGCACUACAAGAGCUUCCAUUUUAUCCCAGCAGUGCUUAAUUGUGUAGUUUUGCAAGAAGUUACAGUGAAUAUGAUGACGACGACCAAAAAAGGCACAUUGGGGUUUAUGCAUUUGAAUUACAGAUUUUUAUUUUGUGUUGCAUUACUUAACAGUUUUGUAACAAUUAGUAACACUUUUUGUGUAUAGCGAGUUGGUCGUUAUUAUUUUUUUAACAAAAAUUUAAUAUUUAAAUUGUGGAAUUUGGGGGGGGGGGGGGGCCAUUAUAUAUUUGAUUGCAAUGUAAUAUUUGCUGACUGAAGGAAUAUAGAUAAUAGUUGAUUUCGGUGCAAUUGUUAUACUUGUUUUUAAAUUGUGAUUAGGGCUUAACAAUUGCAAAUUAAAUGGAAGUGUGUCAGAAAAAGUAAAGCAUAUUAAAACUUUAGCUAGUAGAGUAAAUAGCAACUAGAAUGAUACGGUGACAUUUUAAAUAUAAAAAAGAUUACAUAACAAAAAGAUCUUGACAUGUACUUUUGAGUAAAAUCAGAUUAAACUGGCACAUACAUGUUGCUCCCAGUAAACCAGUAAAUCCUGUUGUGAGUCAGAGUACAUUAUCUUUGGGCUCACAGAUUUUAGUAUGAGGCCUGUGGCAUUUCAGACAGCUGCCAGGAGAUUUCGAAUAAAAAUACUUGUCUGUAGACUGUUCA